AUGACAAUAUAUAAAUCCAAUUUCCCACCAUUACCGGUUGGAACACGACCGAUCACUGACGAACUACUCGAUGCCAUCUGGAAAGUUGGCCAACAGCAACCGAAUAAACCUGUUUUUGUAAGUCAUUGUUCGUUUUGUAAACAAAGUUCUUGCCAUUUUUUGCUUGUAAAGAAAAUCCUUGUCAUUUUCUUAUUUGUAAAGAAAGUUCUUGCCAUUUCUUGUAUUGUAAUGAAAGUUCUUGCUUUCUGAUUCUAAAAGAGCCGCCUUUAUGUUUUGCAGCCUGCGGGUGACAUUUUAUACGAUAAACGUUUUUUUUUUAUUUGGAAAGAAAGUUAUUGCCAUUUUUGUUUUUAAUGAAAGUUCUUGCUAUUUUAUGUUACGUAAAGAAAGUUCUUGCUAUUUUAUAUACUGGAAAGAAAGUUCUUGACAUUUUACAUUUUGUAAAGAAAGUUUUUGCCAUUUUUGUUUUGUAAAGAAAAUUCUUGUCAAUUUAUGUUUCGUAAACAAAGUUCCUGCCAUUUUUUGCCUUGUAAAGAAAGUUCUUGCCAUUUUUCACUACCUUAGCUCAAUUCCUAGCUCAAACUGUCAUUUACCUUAAACUGCCACUUAAAUACCAACCUUUCAGAUAAACGCCGAAACAGGACAGAAAGUGACCUUCCACGAACUGUACCACAAGUCCCAUUCGUUGGCCGCCUUUUUGGAGGAAAAAGGCUUUGGCCACAAACAAAUUGCUUGUGCUGUCAUGAGAAAUUCGUGGGAAUAUUUCGCUGCCUUCUUGGCCUGCGGCAUUGUUGGCGGAGCGCUGAGUGGGGCUAGUCCACUCUUUGGGGAGCGUGGGUUUCUUUAAAUUUUUUAAAUAUUAAAAUUUUUUUAAAUUUCUUAAAUUUUUUUUUAAUUUUAAGAUUUUUUUAUUUUAUAUAUCGCUGUUCAAAAAAGUUUGAGCUACUAACCCCAAAACAUUUUCUUUGAAAGAUGGCUUAUAGUUAUUUGAACAGAAUAUAAAGAUUGCGUUUUAGUUGAACUACAACAACAAUUCAACGAUUCCAAAGCUAAUGUAGUCUUUUGUAUGGAAUAUUCUUUACAAAACGUCUUGGAUGCCAAAAAGAAGUGUCCUAAAGUAAAGGUAAGCUGAAUAUAGUUUUUAAAGGUCUUUACCAUACCUUACCCUAUCCUACUAUCUUGCCUUGCCUUGCCUCUUGCUCAACUCGUAGCUUACCCUAUUCUGGCCUGUAAUUUUAAAACCAAUCCUUUCCAGACAAUCAUAUUGUGUGGUGAAUACAAUGGCCCCUUGCCAGAUGGAGUUAUUAAAUUUGAAGAAGUUGUAAAACAUUCACCAAUUUUGAAAAAGAAGCGAGGACCAAUCGAUAUUAACAAGGACGUCGCCUUCUUACCAUACUCAAGUGGUACUACUGGUCCACCGAAAGGCGUUAUUCAGAGUCACAAGGGUUAUUGGUCUAUGAUUAUCAUUUUAAGAAAGUAUGUAAUUCGUUACUGUAUCAUUGGGUAAAAAAUUAGACGUUAGACAAAGUGCUACAAAAUUUAUUGAUUUUUGACGAAAUGUCACAAAUUUAUUGGAUAUUUAAUUUUUGCUAUACUACUCAAAAUGGCACCAAAUUUAAAGUUUUUUUGAAUUUUAAAUGAAAUGGCACUAAAUUUAUCGUUUUUAAAGUUUUAGACGAAGUGUCACGAAAAUUAUUGAUUUUUGACAAAAUGUCACAACGGUGCUAAAUAUUGAAAUUAGAAAAAAAUGAGAUGAAAAUUAUUAGUUUGUUGAUUUUUGAACAUAAUGCAACAAAAAAAAAUAAAAUGGCACGAAAUUUAUCGGAUUUUCUUUUAGCGCCCUGGAAAACUUGGUAAUGCGCAGAAUUGAUCCAAACUGGGACUGGCGUGAGGAGAGUAUGCAAAUUCUGCUCCCAAUGUAUCAUAAUUACGGGUUCAGCAUAGCAGUAAUGUCUGUUUGGGUUGGAUGCACCAGUAUCAUUAUUGAAAAGUUCACUCCUGAUAUUUUGUUCAAAAGCAUUCAGGAUUAUAAGGUAAGAUAUUGUUUUUAAUCUAUACAAGACUUAAAAAUUUUGAAAUUUUAGUAAAAUACGAAUAUUUAAUGGUUUUAGUGUUAAUUCCAUUGCACUGUGCAAAUUUUUUUUGGGGUGCACAGUGCAAUCAUUUUUUAAAAAUUUAUUGGGACAUUAUUUUUGAUGAUGGAGAAAAGAAAUUAGUCUUAAUAGUAUCAGACAGUUACAUACUAUAAUUUAAAAUAGUAUUUGUUACCUAAAGUUAGUUUAAAAUGGCACGGUGCAAAAAAAAUGUUUGCACUGUGCAAAAAUAUAUGUGGCUGCACGGUGCAAAGGUUUUUACUUUUUAUGCCAUUUAAAAUACUAAAAAAGUAAUUUUAGUUAUGAAAAUGUUGCGGUUUAAUAAAAAAUGGCAUUUAAAUUUUUUAAUUUUUUUUAAGUUUUAAAUUUUAAAAAAAAGUUUAAUUUUUUUAAUUUUCAGAUCCGAUUCUGUAAUAUGGUGCCACCAAUGUUGAUUCUCAUGGCCAAAUCCCCUAUUGCUCUAAAAUAUGACUUGUCUUCGAUUGAUUUUAUUUUGUCAGGAGCAGCGCCUUUAAGUGCAGAUGUCAUGGAACAGGUCUUGAAACGAUUUCCUACGAUCAAACAGAUCGGGCAGGGUUACGGUAUGACAGAGAUGAGUAUGGGAGGACAUUUGGCCGAAUAUGAUGUGAAUUGUCCAUUGGGGACGGUUGGACGACUUGCUCCUAAUUUUGAAAUGAGGGUGGGUCUUUAUGUUUUUAGGGUAGGGUAGGGUGGGGUAAGGUGAAAAAUUUUUGAUUUUAAACUAUGUUGAGGUACUUCUAAUGGUCAAUAUUACCUUCUUUCAGAUCACCGACCCAGACACCGAUGAAGAUGUAAAGCCAGGAGAGACAGGUGAAUUCCGAGUACGAUCGCCCACCUUAAUGGUCGGUUAUUUUAAUAGACCAGACGCCACCAGAGAAUCUUUUGAUGAAUUGGGAUUCUUGAAGACUGGCGAUAUUGGCUACAUGGAUAAAGAUGGCUGGUGCUUUAUUGUUGACAGAAGAAAAGAGCUGAUUAAGGUCAAGGGACAUCAGGUAGGGUAAUAUUUGUAAUUUUUUGAAAUUUUAAAAUUUUGAAAAAUUCGAAAUUUUGAAGUAUUGAAAAAUUAAAAAUUUUGAAAUUUUGAAAAUUUUAAACUUUAGAAGUUUUAGAAAAUUUGAAAUUUCGAAAAUUAAAAUAAAAAAAAUUUAAAAAAUAUUGUUGUAGGUACCCCCAGCUGAAUUAGAAGCUUUAUUAUUAUCGAAUAAACGAAUUGCUGACUGUGCUGUGAUUGGAGUACCAGACGACAGAAAUGGCGAAGUACCAAAGGCAUUCAUAGUCAAAUCAGAUCCAAAAUUGACUGAAAAAGAAGUUCACGAGUUUGUGGCUAGUAAGUUUUCUUAACUUAUUGUUUGGGCAGGGUAGUGGUUUUAGAAGGCCAUAGGGUAGGUGAAAAACGGACAAGGACAGUGGCUUCAGUUGGGCAAGAGUAGGACAAGUGUAGAGGCGUUAGUAGGGGCAAGAGCAGAGCAAUGGUAUGACUAGGCUAACGACGUCAACAAGGGUAAGGGUAGAGCAAAGGCAGGGUCUGGACAAGAUUAACGGCUUUAGUGGGGCAUUGGUGGGUAUGGAAAGGUUAAGGUAGGGUUUAAAGGGUAGGCCUUUAAUCUGGGCUAGGGCUCUGGGCUAGGGCUCUGGGCUAGGACAUCUUUUUCAGAAAGCCUUUACUAUACUUUUUUAAAAUAGCUUAGUUAUUUAUGCUAGCUAAAAUUCUUAAUUCAACUACUUAUAUUUUCAGAAAACGUGGCCAAGUACAAACAAUUAACUGGUGGAGUUGAAUUCUUAAAGGAAAUCCCGAAAAGUCCCUCCGGCAAGAUUUUGCGACGAUUUUUAAGAGACAGCGAAAUGAAAAAACGAAAAUCAAAAAUUUAA